ACACAGUGUACAGUAACAUUGCAGCAGGUUGCUUUCAGGCACAGUAGCAGCUGCAGAGCAUUUUUUCCAGCCUGUACUUUGUCAGGACCAGCCAACCAGUCAGUACACUGGGAGAAAAGUAGGCUUCUCUUGUGCUUUUUGGAGUGGCAUCUGAUCCUGCCUUCAUCAUAACUAAAGCUCUUCUGUAACAUGCCAGAGGAAAUGUCAGACCCAACAGCGGAACUCACCAACAAGCCCUUCGCAACCCAGUUGUCCAAUGUUUACCUCAGCAUCUUGGCACUGUUCUGCUUUAAACUCUUUGUUAAGAUCUCUCUUAACUUGCUGACAUAUUUCUACAUUGUCCGUGGGAACCGUAAAGAGGCUGCCAGGAUAUCAGCAGAGUUCUAUGAUUAUGGUCAGCAACACGGAUCCUGGGCGGACCGUUCACCCCUCCAUGAUGCUGCGAGUCAGGGCCGCCUCCUGGCCCUGAGGACCCUCAUUUUACAGGGUCACAAUGUGAAUGUUCUGACUAUAGACCACGUGACACCCCUUCACGAGGCCUGUCUGGGAGACCAUGUUGCUUGUGCCAGAGCUCUCAUUGAUGCAGGAGCAAACGUCAAUGGUUCCACAAUUGAUGGAGUCACCCCUCUGUUCAAUGCCUGUACAGUGGGCAGUGUGGCAUGCACUGAAAUUCUUUUGGAAAAUGGAGCAAAACCCCAGAGUCUUGUAUACCAUCCUUCACCGAUACACGAAGCGACCAGCAAAGGUCAUUACGGUUGUGUGGAGGCUCUGGUGACUUGGGGGGCAGAUGUGGACAUGGACAUUCCUCACCUGGGCACAGCGCUCUAUACAGCCUGCGUCUGCCAAGAGCUGGAGUGUGCCAGGAAACUCCUGAGGGAAGGUGCCAACGUACAGAAAGGCAAAUCCCUGGAUUCUCCAUUACAUGCAGCUGCAGAAAAAGACUGCACAGCUGUAGUGAAGCUGCUGCUGGACUUUGGCGCAGACAUCAAUGCCAGGAAUACAGAGUUUCAGAGGCCAGUCGAUGUGGCUCCACCCAGCAGUCUAACAGAGGGCUUUCUACUGCUCUACGAAGCUACACCACGACUCCUGAGCCAGUUGUGCCGUCAGUGCAUCAGAACCUGCGUCGGCCGUGACAGACUCCACCUUCUUUCCCACCUUCCCCUUCCCAAUAGACUCAAGUGCUACCUGCAGUACCAAUGACAGGAAGAACAACCAAAUGGGACUUACAGGAAGAGGCCUUUCACACCAACAUCACAUCAACUCCACAAACUCCUCCUAACUUUAAUAUUAGCCAUGAGCCAAUCCAGCAAAGGCAAUUAAUUUGAAUUAGCCACAGAGCAUUCAUUGUGUAUCUGUGUUGAACUGGCCUGGUUCCCAUAUGUGGAUGUGUGGAUCUGGAUGAAUGUGACACAAGAUGCUGCUAAAAUGAGCUUCUAGGCCUGGUGUUCCCUGGAUUAAUUAUGGUUGUUUAAAAAAAUACAUAAUGCAUAUUAGUGUAUUUUCUGUUCUGCUGUGUUUAGAAGAUGCCUUAAUAGCUGCAACAGCUACCAGAGUGUGAUACAAUUUAUUAUUAAGUUUUACAUUAUAAGAUUACAACAUUGUAUAAAUGCACAAAACAUACGAAUGAGUAUUUGUAGUUUUGCAUUACUACCUAAUGCACUGCACACUACUAGAUUAUUAAAAAAUGUUUUGAAACCUGG